AUGCAAGUCAAGAAUCAAAUUUUCUGCCAAGAAUGCACAAAAGUGUUCCAUGACAAUUACGAUAUUCUGAAUGUACUUGGUAACGGAUCAUUCGGAGUUGUAUUCCACUCGCAAAGGAAGCGAGACGAGCAACAGUUUGCGGUGAAGAGGGUCGAUUUGGAUGCUGCUACCCUCCCGCUAGCCGCCCGUGAAGUCAACAACAUCUCCUCAAUCGGCCGCCAUCCUGGAUAUAUAAUUUUCGAGGAAGUGUUCUGGAAUGAGCAUCACACUGAACCAGCUGGUCACCUAUACAUUGUCAUGGAACUCUGUGAACAGAUCACUCUGAGAGAAUGGCUGAAAGAGAGUAACACUGCACAGAGCCGCCCAUGGAACUUGAUUAAAGACUGGAUAAAACAGUUAGCUUGUGCUUUGGACCAUCUUCAUCAGAAAGGGUUCAUCCAUAGAGAUCUGAAACCUGCCAACGUGUUCUUUGCAAUUGGUAUGGACUUGAAAAAGUUGAAGAUUGGAGAUUUUGGGUUGGCAGUGAGAGCAAUGCAGAACGGAGGUUUGAAAAACGAGGAAACCGAGCAAAACCACACCGCCGGAGCCGGCACACCUUACUACAUGGCUCCAGAGCAAACGAGCAAAGUCUAUGACGAGAAAGUGGAUAUUUUCGCGUUGGGACUAAUCUCGGCUGAGCUGAUAAUUCUGGAUUCGCCGACGCAAGGGUUCUGCACAAAUGACAUAAUAAGAAGUGGUCAAUGGCCGCGGGAGUGGAUGGAUUAUCCAGAUGCGCUCCAAUUUCUCUCCGAACUCACAUCGCUAAACCCUGUGGAACGCCCAACUGCCGCUCAAAUCCUGAUUCAUCCAUUUAUCCAGUAG